AUGCAUCAAGGGUUCACGCCGUCCAUGCUGGGCCUACAGCGGGGGCAGGACGGGAUCCCUCCGCUAAAAUCACAGCGUCCGCAGUCACACGAUGACGAUGACGGAAACGAUGACGGAGACGAUGACGAUGACGAAGACGAUGACGAUGACGAUGACGAAGACGACAGUGAUGACGACGAAGACGAGCCGGAAAACGAGGCGGAUAAAUUUGGACGGUCGAUGACGCUGGGUUGCAAGCCCAGGUUUCAAAAUUCCCCCGUGAAACCCGCUCGCGGGCCAGUCGCCGCGAUCGGUCUUAAAGCCCUUACUUUGGCUUCUAAUAGCACUGCAGUUCCGGGACGCGGCGCUACCGCUGGCAGCGGCGUUAGCGUUGGUGGCACCGUUACUGCGGCUGGAAAUGGUGCUUCUUCUGGCGCCGCUGGUGUCGGGUCUGUUAAUAUCGGGGCUGGUAGAAACCACGGACUCGCGAACAGGCAGACGGGCAGCGAACCGGGCGAAAAGUAUUCGCGAGCUGUGACGCUUGGCGAAUUGGACGCCGUGACUACAACGGGGUAUAGAGGGCGGGCGGGCGGCGGGGUGCGUGCUCUUAAUCUGGGAGGUCAAAAGGCUGUAGACCCUAAGGUGUUUAGUAUGCAAGGGGCGGGUGUGGGAGGUAUAUCAACUCCUACUAUGGAUAGUAACGGAAGAGUGCUGGUGCAGCCGUUGGGUCCGAGGCCUGCUAUUCCUCAAUACUCACCAGUCCAGCCACGAGGCUCGGCAGCUGGUGCAGCCUCGAAGACAGGCUCGGGAACAGGUUCGGGAACAGGUUUGGCAGCAGGUUUAAGCUCAAAGGCGGGAGGGGGAGGGGGAGUCGGGCGCCCUGCGCGGACCGUGUCCGCCAUUCCGCGGAUGGAGGGACUCGGAGGAAGCGCGCCUGGGGGGAACGCGCUUAGGGGGAACACCUCUGGCGCGGGGGCAUUGGUGUCCCCCACCCGUGCGGGGUUUCCCCAGCUGGCGCAGGUUGGGGAAGCGGGGGAGGGGGAGGCGGCGGAUCUGCCGAUGCUGCCAGCACCGGGAUUGCCUCAAGUCGUGCAGUGCCAGCACUGCGGACAGCUUCUGGAGAUUCCGGCCAUCCUCCCACCCACCAAGAAGGGCAUUCACAAGCUGCGGUGCGGCAAGUGCAUUGGUCUCUCGCGGUUCCGAGCCUUCACCCCACACAUGCCCCACUUGCAGCAGCAGCAGCAGCAGCCACAGCAGCCGCAGCAGCAGCAGCAGCAGCAGCAGCCGCAGCAGCCGCAGCAGCCGCAGCAGCAGCAGCAGCAGCCGCAGCAGCCCCAGCAGCAGCCGUUUCAGCAGCAACAGCAGCAGGUUACUCAGCAGCAUGUCCGUUCUUCUUCUCUCUCUGCCAUUGAUGCCACGAAACAGUACCCCUGCACUCGCUCUUCUUCCACUGACAGCACUGAAUCCAAGACCUCCUCUAGUGAUGGAACAGCAGCCACUGUACAAAGUCCUGGGGCUGCCACUAACGGGGCUGCUCUUAAAGGGUCUGGUGCUGCAGCAGGUUUGGGCAGAGGGAGGAGCAGCAGGGGCGCCAGCCCUAGUCCCUCCAAGCCUCUCAAAUCAGGUUUGGGUCCGGGCAGGACGGAAGCAGGCUCCGGAACAGGUCCAAGAACAGGCUCGGGAGCAGGUUCGGCAACAGGCACGGAUGGUCGGGGGAGGAUAACUAGGAUUGGGAGCUCUGAGUCGCUUAGGAGCAUUAGCUCUGGAAUGCCGUCCCCUGUAGGCUCGGUAAGAGACUCUUCUGACAAUGAGUCUCUAGCUGGGAUGUCACCUGUAAAGGCUGGAAGCAAACGGGGUGAAGCCAGAGCGAUUAGCGCAAGUGGCAUGUUUAGAGUGGGCUCUGGGACGAGUCUUGCAGGUGGUGGUGGGAUGGGUAGUCCAGGGAAUAAGGUGGGUUCUGCUGGGGGGGGUGCUGGGGGAGGGAGUGGGGACGGGAGGCUGACGUACUCGCGCUGUGUGGUGGUGAACGGGGAGCCAAUCAGUGAUGACCACGUGGCAGCUGCGGAGGAACGCGCAGGGCCCAUCCAGUCUGGCAAUUACUGGUACGACCAAGUGGCAGGUUUCUGGGGCCAAAUGGGAGGGCCCUGCCUCGGAAUGAUUCCGCCUGGGAUUGAGCUCGGCCCCGCCCUUCCAAGGAACUGCUCUGGGGGCGAAACCAAGGUGUAUGUGAAUGCAAGGGAGCUUCACCGCAAGGACCUGGACCGACUCGUGAAGAGGGGGCUGCCGCUCACAGAUAACAUGGCGUAUCGGGUGGAGGCGAACGGGAAUGUGUUUGACGGCCUCAGUGGCGAGUUCCUGUGGCGAGUUCCUGGUCCACCUUGGGAAGCUGGCCCCAUCCCUUGA